AGCCAAAACAGCCAAAACAGCCAACACAGCCAACACAACCACCAUUCCCUUCCGCAUCAGAAUCACUCGUUACGUAGCCCGCCAGGUUGCCUGAUUUCCCAUCCUACUUUCUUCAUGCUUUCUCUGCCCUCUCACACCUCAACACAAGCUCGCUGAGCCAUUCUGAUAUCGCCAAGAUGUCAAACCACGGAAUCAUUCGCAUCGCAAAGGAGCUGAGCGGCAUCCAGAAGUCCAACGAUCUAUCUAUAGGAGUGGCCUGCCGAGAUGUCGACGUUCGCAACGUCCGCGCCAUUAUCCUAGGUCCCCCAGACACCCCAUACGAAUUCGGGUUCUUCGAGUUUGCAGUCAGGUUUGGCAAAGAUUAUCCAGCCAAGGCGCCCUCGAUCAAUGCAACCACCACGAAUGGCGGGAGGUGCCGCUUCAACCCCAACAUAUACGCGCAGGGGAAGGUCUGCCUAUCAAUUCUUGGAACCUGGCGCGGAGAAAGAGGAGAAGAAUGGUCAUCAGCCCAAGGCCUCGAAUCCAUCCUAAUCUCCAUCCAAAGCCUCAUGUCCUCCAACCCCUACGAGAACGAGCCCGGCUACGAAUCAGCCAAGAGCUCCGAAGACAAACAAAACCAAAAGAACUACGUUAUGAAGAUCCGCCACGAAACCCUCCGCAUCUCCAUCAUCCAACGCCUCGAAGAAUACCUCGGCAUCGCCUCCAACGGCACCGUCCUUCCCCCCCUCUCCACCGACUCCGACUCUGACUCGCUCGACGACAACUCCGACGACUCCCUCGCGGCAUUCGAGCCCUUCAAAGACCUCUGCAAGCGCCGCUUCCUCUGGUACUACGACUCCUACCUCCUUGCUAUCCGCAAGGCCCGCGAGGAAGUCACAGACGGUCAGCUCUUCGCCCGCAUGCCCUUUGAGGGACAGGGGAAUGAUAUGGUUGGGAAGUUCAACUACACUGAGCUUACACGCCGACUUGAGACUAUUAAGGCCACACUGGAUGCUGAGACGAAUCGCUGGGCGGAUGAGGGGCUCGCGCAGAAGAAAAAGGAUAGUGGCGUAGCUGCCAACCUCCAGCGCCAGUACGAACAGGUCGUCGAAGCCUACAAACGCGACUCCGCCGUAACCCUCGACAUCGAGCUCGUCGACUCCAACCCCUUCGUCUGGUCCAUAACCUACUUCGGCCGCCCCAUGACCAACCUCGACGGCGGCCUCUUCCGCAUAACUCUCCGCCUAUCCCCGCGCUUCCCCGAGGAGCAACCGCGCACGCGCUUCGAGACGAGUCUGUUCCACCACCGCAUCGCGAGGGAUGGGACGCCGUGCUAUAACGCCAGCAGGAGCGAUGAUGUUAAGAGCCAUAUUGAUGGGAUUAUUGAGGCGUUGGAGGAGGAGAGCCCGCCGUAUGAUCCGAGGACGCUAGUUAAUCCCGAGGCGGCGAAGUUGUAUUGGGGGACGCAGGAGGAGAGGAAGGCGUACAAUCGGUUGUUGAGGAGGGCGGUGCAGAGGAGUUUGGAGUAGGCGCCUGCCCUUGCAUUGGGAUUAACAUAAGCACCUGCUUCCUCGCCCGUCACUCCACCCUCCAUAGACCACCAACCUCCCCUCCACAAGUCCACCCACCACCUCCCAUCAUCCACCUCUCCAUCUCCCCAUCUCCAUUUCCUUCUUUUUACUUUUUUUCUUGCAGAAGAUAUCACCAGUGCGGCGCUCAGGCAGCAGACACACAAACCAGAUCAAUCAAUCACACAACGGCGUAAAAACAGCAGCACAAGUAGCGGGGUGCACAACGGAGUCUUUUUUUUCGGUUCAGGGUUUAGGUUCGGAGGUUGUUAGGUGUUAGGUGCAGGGUUAGUGAUAGGGAUGGAUGGUUGGGACGGAUGGAUGGGAUUGGGGGGGAGUAUUUUUAUUAUCUUGCUUUGCUAUUAACGUUUUUUUGAGGAUACUUGGCUUUUGCUUUGUUUUGCUGGGAAAGUUGGGGCUGGGAAAGGGGGGGUUAUUAUUUCAUGAGUGAUGAUAGGGAUAUGUUGGUGGAGGAACGGGGUAGCGAGAUUGUCUGUAGUGGAGAGUGGUGAGGAGGGAUGGAAGAAAGGGGUCGUUGAGUUAUUCUACGGAACAGAUGCACGGUUUUAUUUCCGGGAGGAGGUUUACUGAUAGCGUGAAGGGGGGGGUUGAGGCUAUGAUGGAGGCUAGACCACCUGAGCGGACUACGGGGCGGAAGGGCGGUAGAGUAGUGGUCAUAGUGGUAGACAGACAGACAGACGAUGAUGAUGAUGAUAUUUAUUUACGUCUAGCAAGACGCGGGUAUAACACGCAGCCCUAAGACCUCCUGAAAGGUAUGGGGACGUGCUAAGCUAUGGGUUUAUGUAUAGAGUAUGGCCUUAGAGAGCAGUUCUUACGUGUUUGCGUAGCUGUAAGGCCCGUUAACUAAGCGCCUUCCCUACUAGUUAGGAUGGUGUUAGGUUUGCUAGUAGAGGGCGGUGCCUUAGAGGUUCUCCUAAAAGGGGGUGUAUGUAGGACUAGUUGGUCUGAUGUUAUGAG